AUGUAGCUGUACAAUUUCAUCUUUCAUUUUAAAUAAUUCAUAUCUUUACGAUCUUAUCGUUAUAUUUUUGCUGUUGCUUUAAAAAGUGAUGUUUCUACUCCAUUUCAAAUUUACAAAGGAUUAAACAUUAUUAAUGUUCAAACUCCAUCUGCUAAUGCUCAUGUUACGAAUUUAGCAACUCCUAUAAAAUUAUCCAAUUUAUAACCAUAUCAAACAUAUUCAAUUUAUAUUAUUGCUGCAUCCGACCUUCCAGAAUAUUCUCAUUUCCCAGAUGCACUUUCAACUCUCUUAUGCACAACUAAAAAACUAACCGAUAGAGAAACUUUUGAGAAUAUUUACUAUAAACUCUUAAAAGUGGCUUUGAUUAUAUUUUUCAUAUUUUUUUGA